AUGAUCGCAAAUCUCCUUGAAAACACCACAGCAAAAGAUCUAGAACACAUCAUCAAACAAGUCAAUGCACAAACAUGCUACAUUCCCAAAAAAGAUAACAGUAACUAUAAAAGACUAGCCAUACUUUCAUUCCAUAACCAAGAAGAUAGAAAACAAGCAACCAAUCAAAACUUUCAAGUCAAAAGACAUGACGUCACAUGGGUAGACAGAGCAGCAAAACUCUGCUUUCACUAUUGUUCACAUAAACACAAAUCAAGAAACUGUCUAGAAAAACCCAUAUACAACUACAAUGACAUUACACAAUACAAUCAAAACUACUCAAGAAAAUACAUAACCACAACAUAUCCAAACCAACUCAACCCACCCUUGUACUUACAUAAAAGCUCAGCAAGAAGCUAUGCAGAGAUACGCAAAGAAGUAAAACUCCUAGACGAUAGAAUCAGCGAUCUAGAAACAGACACAGCCAACAGACACUUUGAUGAGAUAGAACAAAUGGAAGAGGAUUCACAAUCAACAACAACCGAAACCAUUAACAUUGACAACAACUCAGACCUUAUCGAAGCACAAGCCCAAAUCAAUCAGAAAAUCAACAAGAUGGAUGAAACAGUGGAAAAACUCAUCAACACAUUCAUACCCGACACCCUUUCCACAAACAGCAUGCAUAAUGCUCCAACUACUCUCACCCAAUAA